AACCUCAAUCCAAUAAAAAGAAUGCAAAUAAUUGGGAGGAAAAGCAUAUAAGGAAGCAAGUCCACAUCUACCAGCAAAUUUCUAGUAGUGGAACUGUUUACAGUGGGAUCACCAACUACAGAACAAAUAAUUAUAUUGCAUCAGACAAAAAUGAAGAACCAAAAGAACCUUCAAUACAUAAAUCAUCUCAUCCAAUAAAAUGU